AUGGCUUCGAACAACGAUCAGAAACAAAGCAGCGGUGGAUUGUUUGCUUCCAUUGCUUCAACCUUGUCCAAUUUUGGCACUACAAUGUCCAAAUCUGUUAAUGGCUUGCUUGGAUAUGAAGGACUCGAGGUUAUAAAUCCUGAAGGUGGCACUGAUGAGGCUGAAGCAGAAGCCCAAAAAGGAAGGUGGAAGCAAGAGGAUCGUGACAGUUAUUGGAAAAUGAUGCAAAAGUAUAUAGGCUCGGAUGUUACAUCAAUGGUGACAUUGCCAGUUCUCAUCUUUGAGCCUAUGACAAUGCUUCAGAAAAUGGCAGAGUUAAUGGAAUAUUCAUACCUAUUGGACCUGGCAGAUGAAUGUGAUGAUCCACAUAUGAGAUUAGUAUAUGCUGCUGCUUGGUUUAUAUCCAUAUAUGUUGCUAUCCAACGGACUUGGAAGCCAUUUAAUCCAAUUCUUGGCGAAACUUAUGAAAUGGUCAACCAUGGUGGCAUCACAUUUAUUGCAGAACAGGUUAGCCAUCAUCCUCCAGUAAGUGCAGCACAUGCAGAAAAUGAACAUUUCAUUUAUGAUAUAACGUCAAAGGUGAAGACCAAGUUUUUGGGGAACUCGCUUGAUAUCUACCCUCUUGGAAGGACACGACUGGCUCUCAAAAAGGCUGGCAUAGUCCUGGAUUUGAUUCCACCUCCUUCCAAAGUAAACAAUUUGAUUUUUGGACGAACUUGGGUUGAUUCACCUGGGGAGAUGAUAUUGACAAACUUGACAUCGGGAGACAAAGUUGUUUUAUAUUUUCAACCCUGUGGAUGGUUCGGUGCUGGCCGCUAUGAAGUGGAUGGAUACGUAUAUAAUGCUCAGGAAGAACCCAAAAUUUUGAUGACCGGGAAGUGGAACGAGUUUAUGAGCUAUCAACAUUGCGACUUAGAAGGGGAACCAAUGCCAGACACUGAAUUGAAAGAGGUUUGGAGAGUUGCUGAUCUUCCCAAAAAAGAUAAAUUUCAAUAUACACAUUUCGCUCACAAGUUAAACAGCUUGGACACUGCACCAAAAAAUCUAUUAUCCUCUGAUUCUCGUCUACGUCCAGAUCGUUAUGCACUUGAGAAGGGCGACCUAUCAAAAGCUGGUUUAGAAAAGAGCAGGCUAGAGGAGCAGCAAAGACACGAAAAGAGAACCCGGGAAGCUAAGGGCGAUCAGUUUACACCGAAGUGGUUUGACUUAACAACUGAAAUUUCUCCCACACCUUGGGGUGAUUUGGAACUAUACCGCUAUAAUGGCAAAUAUGCACAACAUUCUGCUGCCAUUGCUAAAUCAGGCAGUAUCAAAAAGAUCGAAACUGGAUUCUUGGACUUCAACCCAUGGCAAUAUGACAAUUUGGCUGUGGCUGAAGAAUAA